AACACGGAUUCGUAUUUCAUUGUUUCUACAAAUAAGUUGGAAAUGAAGCUAGCUUCGUCUCCCUUUUCUUUCGCACUAUCAACUUCCAUUACGUCUCCCUUUUCUUUCGCACUAUCAACUUCUAUUGCUCUUAUCAAUGUCCCUAAGAAGCUCAUGCUUCCACCCAGGAACCCAACAAUAAACAAACCAGCACAUUCCUCUAGAUUUCCUAAUUCUUUUGCAAUUUCUUCCAAAUCCAAUAACGUUUUGCAAGUUAAUAAACGACGACGAUCUGCAUAUUAUCAUCCAAGCAUUUGGGACCGCAAUGCCAUCGACUCUUUAAACACUUCUUAUACGUAUGAUGUUCAUGGCACCCGGUUGGAGGAAUUGAAGCAUGAGGUUAGAAGCUUACUAGCUUCCACUAAAGACCGUUGUGUUCAACUGAAGUUGAUCGACUCAAUGCAGCGAUUGGGAGUUUCUUAUCAUUUCCAAGAAGAGAUAAAAGGGAUCUUGAGCCUUAUUGUUGAUGAAUUAGGCUCUAUAAAUGAAGAUCUUUACACAACUUCUUUGCAUUUUAGGCUUCUGCGAGAACAUGCUUUCCCAGUCAACUCAGAUGUAUUCGACAAGUUCAGAUACGAAAAUGGGAAGUUCAAGGACAACUUAGUAGGAGAUGUGCAGGGGCUUUUGAGUUUGUAUGAUGCUUCACACCUUGGACUGCAAGGAGAAGAUGCUAUAGAAGAAGCCAAAAACUUUAGUACUAGGCAUCUCAAGCUAUGGUUGGGGAGUUUACAGAGCAACAAUAAUAUUCUAGCAAACCAAGUGCAGCUAUCAUUGGAUGUUCCUCUACAUUGGAGGAUGCCGAGGAUUGAGGCUCGCAAUUUUAUUGAUAUCUAUCAAAUGGAUAACACAAAAAAUUUGGCUUUGCUAGAGCUAGCUAAGUUGGAUUAUAAUUUGGUACAGGCAGCGUAUCAGAUGGAGCUAAAGGAGCUAGCAAGGUGGUGGACUUCAUUAGGAUUCAGAGAGAAGCUUCAUUUCUCAAGAGAUCGAUUGAUGGAGAAUUAUUUAUGGGCAAUGGGAAUAAUAUUUGAGCCACAGUUCUCUAAAUGCAGGAUAGGCCUCACAAAAUUCGUAUGCAUUUUAAGUGCCAUUGAUGAUAUGUAUGAUAUAUAUGGAUCAUUAGAUGAGCUUGAACUCUUCACGGAUGCAGUAAAUAGAUGGGACACUAAGGCUAUGCAGAAACUUCCAGAGUACAUGAAGAUAUGCUAUUUUGCUAUGUUUAAUUUUGGUAAUGAAUUGGCUUUUGAUGUCUUAAAAGAAGAAGGCUUGGAUGUUCUAUCUAAUAUUAAGGAAGAGUGGAUAAAACUUUGUGGAUCAUAUUUAGUAGAAGCAAGGUGGUUUGCCAGAGGAUAUGUACCAACUUUAGAGGAAUACCUAGAAAAUGCAUGGAUCUCUGUCGGAGGUCAUGAGGCUAUUGUCCAUGCUUCUACUUUACUAGGGCAUACUUUAUCCAAAGAUUCAUUGGGUUGCUUGAAGCAUGGAUUCAAGCUAAUCUAUUGGUCAUCACUAAUCACUCGACUUAGCGAUGAUUUGGGAACUUUCACAGAAGAGAGCAAGAGAGGUGAUGUGACAAAAUCUAUCCAGUGCUAUAUGAUUGAAGAAGGUGUAAAUGAAGAAGAAGCGAAAGAACAUAUAAAGAGUUUGAUAGGCAAUGCUUGGAAAGAACUUAACAAAGAGAGUAUGAAGCCUUUUCUUUCCAACUCCAUUGUAAACAUGUCACUAAACAUGGCACGAACCGCUCAAUGCAUCUUUCAAUAUGGAGAUGGCAUCGGAACAUCAUUUGGAGUGACUAGAGAUCGCUUAAUUUCAUUAAUUGUUCAAUCUAUUCCGAUAAACUAAUUAUAAUUAAUUAAUGUAAUAUAUUUUUCAAUGAGAAACUAUCAAAUAUAUCUAAUGAUGUAAGAGUAAUGUAAUCCUUGAAAGGACUACAGUUGAAUGAAAUAAUUAUAAUUAUUACAAGGU